UUUUUGAGUCCUGUUCCAACUUCCUUCCUUGUAGCGUCACGGCAGCGCGGGAAGGCGGAGAGCGAAGAGAAUCGCGCUGCGGCUCGCUAGAAAAGAGGGGAGUAGGAGCGCCUGCUCACCCGGUGGCCGCCUCCUUUUGCUACCCACUGUGUGGUCUAUAGGUUUCUUUGGCAAAAAUGCAGUUUUCUAGGAGUAAUAGGCGGAAAUUGGCAAGGCUUGUGGGUGAUGGACAAGAGCAAUAUCCUCAUAGCCUUCAGUUCUACCUACAGCCUCCUACUGAAAGUAUCUCUCUUGCGGAAUUUGAAAGUCUCGCUGUUGACAGACUUAGAUUACUUAAAGUAGUUGAGAACCUGGGUGUGACUUAUGUGAAAGGUACUGAAAACUAUAACAAAAAGCUGGAAGUAGAACUUCGAAAACUUAAAUUUCCAUUCAAAGCUUUGACUGAGGAUGAUCAUGAUGCAAGAAGAAAAGAUCAUAUUUCUCAUUUCAUACUGCGCCUUGCCUACUGCCAAUCGGAGGACCUUCGACGGUGGUUUAUCCAACAAGAAAUGGACCUCUUCCGCUACAGAUUCAAUCAGCUAAGUGUCCAGCUGACUGAAAGGUUCCUUGAAUAUGCUAAUUUGGCAUAUGAUGCUAUUGAUACAACUGAAAAGCAGAAAAUUGCAGAAGAGUUGCGAAAUUCAACUCCAGGUUUUGGCGGUGUUAAAGUAGAAGAAUGUGUGUACUACAAAGUUCCUUUUUGUGAUGCUGUGGAUUUAGUUCGUGUAAGAAGAGUCUAUUUCCAUGGUGGCUAUGCCUAUGUACCUCAGCAGGAUAUUGUUGCUAUUGUCCUGAAUGAUUAUAGAACCAAACUGUCGAAAGCCCUGGCACUAACAGCACGAUCACUGCCUGUUGUACAAACUGAUGAGCGACUCCAGCCUCUGCUCAGUCACCUCAGCCACGCAUACGUUGGUCCAGAUUACAGCCUCCAAAAAAGUACCGGUAAAAUUUCAUUAGGACAAAUUGAUGCUCUUUCAGUUAAAUCAUUUCCUCCUUGCAUGCGCCAGCUGCACAAAGCUCUGCGUGAUAACCAUCAUCUCCGUCAUGGAGGCCGUAUGCAAUAUGGCUUGUUUCUAAAGGGCAUUGGUUUAACACUAGAACAGGCUCUGCAGUUCUGGAAAUCUGAAUUCAUCAGAGGAAAAGUAGAUGCGGACAAGUUUGACAAAGGAUAUGCUUACAGCAUCCGACAUAGCUAUGGAAAAGAAGGCAAGAGAACUGAUUAUACUCCAUUCAGCUGCAUGAAAAUUAUCCUGUCCAAUCCACCAGGCCAAGGGGAUUAUCAUGGGUGCCCAUUCCGCCACAGUGAUCCUGAGCUGCUGAAGCAGAAGCUACAGUCCUAUAAAGUAUCUCCCACUGGGAUCAGUCAGAUUUUGGACCUGGUGAAGGGUAUGCAUUACCAGUUGGCUUGUCAGAAAUAUUUUGCACUGACACAUGAUGUUGAUGAUACUGGGUUUUCUUUGAACCAUCCAAAUCAGUAUUUUGCAGAGAGUCAGCAGCUUCUCAAUGGUGCCAAGGAAAUCAAGAAAGAACAGAGGCAGUCUGAAAACUCUCAGCCAAAAUACGGUAGUCAGAAAAAUACAAAUAUAUCAACUACUCCCGCUCCUUUAGACACAACAGAAGGAAUGGAACUAGACGGACUGGAGGACUACUUUGCUGAAGAUUAAAAAACAUCCUUUCCCCUGAACAAUGUGCCUGUUGUUGCCCCGCUCUGUAUUUUGAAGCAGCUCACUUCAGAACAAGGAGCCAUCAUCAAGGCAAACAUAGGCCUGCCACAUCUUAGGUAGACCAUUAAAAGGAAAAAAGGGAAACUCACUGUAAUGCAUCCAGCUCAAUAACCUGUGCAUCAGUUAUGAAAAACCAUCCUUUGGAUGUGAAAACUGCGAAGUCGUUUGUAAGCUUGACUGAUACUGCAGUUUAAGCGCCACAUUUUUAUUUCUACUCGCUGCUUUUAUGCAACUCCCCCCCACCCCCGCUGCAUUUUUCUCUUAAUAAAGUUGAUCUUGAAAUGUAGAAGGGGGCAGAUAUUUCUUGUGGGUGUUGAGCGAUGCUUGCUAGAUACAUUAUGUGCAAUUUCUUUUGAAUUGCUCUUAGAAGUUUAGAGAAGCAUUAUUGCUGUGAUUUCAAGUAGUGAAGGUUGCUGUAUGAAAAUGAAACAGGUUUUCAGAUAUUAAAAUGCAGUUAGCACGUUUUGUAAGAACUACAACUAGAACAUCAGGGAUAGUUGUGAAGCAGCUUAACUUUAAUUAUGCUGGCUUUGACCAAUCCACCUAAUAAACCAUGUGUUGGCAAAUACUUUUGCAAUUAAUUUGUCUGGACUGGUCCGUCUGGCUGCCACUGAAGUAUACCUUUUGGAUCUUAGACUCCCAUUGUCUCUCAACUUGGUGGGAAAAUGAUGUUUUUAAUCUGUGUAAUUUGAUAGAUCUUCAAAGUACAUAAAAGGAAAUAAAAGAGCUGAAGGCUGGCUCCACCUCAAAUGUUCACUGUA